GUUUUUCCGUCAGUCGAUUUCCUGGACUAAACCUCUUUGCUCUCCAAUGCAAUGGCUCCCAUUUACCCAGUGAUGUUCGAAGUGUCCAGUACAUUAGCCUGGAGAGAUACUCACCUCAGCCUGAAGUGCCGCCACACAUUAUAGCUUCACUGUCCUCUGUAGACGGAGUGAGAUUGGAAAACAGCUAUGGAAACGCCAACGUCUACGUGAGUGGAAGGUUCGACGGGGAUAACAUCCAUUCCACAUCCUUAACUGUCCUUUUAGCCGAUGUGAUUCUGGACCUGAAGGUGACAUACGGCUGCAAAAUUAGCUACAUUAAACGCGGAGGCGGCCUGGGAGUCACCGAGAGGUUUUUGAAUGUCAGUUUUGCUGAUCUACAAACUUUGUACUUACUACAGUCAGAUGAUCUGGACAAAAAUCAUCAUCUGCAACGCCUUGCACAGACACCUUUUAGCGAAACAAAACAUG